GGGGCUCUGUAUGUAACUUUACUUUAUUUUGGAUCUAAGGAUAUUUAUUGUUGCUGCUAAUUGAAAAUUGUUUCGAAGGUUUUUUUGCUCUUUUGUUUUUGUAUCUACCUAGCUUCCGAAGCUAGUUUUUAACAGGAGGAACUAUCCUUAAGGAGCUGGGUGCUGGCUCGUCCACUUGAUGUGUCCAGAUAUGGUGAUUAUUUGCCUGGAUAUACAGAGAGGUGGCAAUUGUCUUCGUCACCACCUCUCUAAGUAAUAGUUUUGUCAUUGCAGGGGCGCGAACUCCAAAAACUUGGAUAUGGGGUGUACGACCCUACCCACUGAGCCUGUGCCAAACUAGAAAAUUUUGAUCUUAGUUUUUCAUGAAUGUUCUUGGGCUGUUUUGAUCUGUCUUUGCAACUCUUCUUUGACCGAAAAUUUCUGUAACAGACUUUUCUAAUUAGCCAAUGUAGUCAACUUGAUCCCUGUCAGAAAAUGUCUUGCAUGCGUGCAUAUAGUGGUAAGGGAACGUUGUACCGAAAUCUUUCAGAUAAUAUCGAGUAGAAAGCUUUUUAGUACAUUAGUUUUAUAAGCCUCUUAAUGACUCAAAGGAUGACAGAAUGAGUGCUAGCAUAUGCAUACAGAACUCUCCAGGAUUGACUUGGCAAACACUUUCUUAUGUAUUGGCAAAAAUGUUUUUGACACACCUUUGUAAAUAUUGUUUCUGAAACCAACGGGCAUAAAGUCAUAAUGGUGAGUUCAUUUGCAUUGAAAUCACACUUGAAUUCUUUUCUGUUGCUGAACAGCCUAAGAUAUACCCAGCAAGAACAAACGUAUAUUCAUGUUAAUAGUUUGUUAAAGGUCACGUAAACAUCCAGUUCAAUGAAAACUGAUGCUUUUUGCUAAUGCAACGUUUCUAAAGGGAAUUACAAAAAAUACUGGAUCAUACAAAGUAUUUGUUUAUUAAGGCGUACUCUUUUUAUAAGAAACCAGUAAACUAAAGUUUCAGGCUGACUGUUCUAAGUAUUUUCAAAAAAAAGAGGCUGGAUUGUUCUUAAUUUGUUAUUGAAUUAAUAGGGUACAGAAGGAUGUCUCAUUUAAAUAACAGUCCUUCAUUUGCCAACAAUUGAUUUGGAAAAUCACCGAGAGAACACCCCUAGAUAGCAAAAAUCACCGAAAAGAACUUUACGGUUUAAGAUUAAUUCUCUAAGGAAAUUUCAGAAUAUUUCCAAAACUCCAUUUUCCAGUAGCUCAGCCUCAGCUUGUACUCACUCUGUUCUUAGCAUUUUGACCAAUUAUGAGGCCCGUGUUCAUAUAAAAUUGUUCUUAUGAAAAAGUGUAUGUAGCCAAAGACCGAUAUACAACAUUUUGUUUGGGGGGGCAGCCCUCUCAAGUCAGGGUAACAACAACUUUGGGUGCCCCUACCGGUAUCUCGGUCCUUGUAUGUAGCUGUUCACUUUAGGAUGCUGACCUUGAUGUGGUACUUUGAAAUGAAACAGCAGAAAGAUCAUACUCAGGUGCAAUAUAUCUUCGCUCCUUUAGGCCCAUUUCAAGGCAAAAAAUGUCACAACUUUCCCGUGGUCUCAUGCAGUUUUCAUUUGCAUUCUUAGGACACCUUUUUUGUAUUUUUCACAAAAAGUCGCAUAUUUGACGGUAGAGAAACCUUCAAUCGUAAGCUCAUAGCUCAUAGAUAUCAAAUAAUUUUAAAACUUAUUUUUAUGAGUCUUAUCAGUAGAAAAUUUAAAAACAAACAAUUAGCAAAACACUUUCCUGACAGGUUCUCUAAUAUAUCAAUCAAUAUUAACGAGCGGUUGAUAUCCUAAUAAGAAGUAUAUCUCAGGAAAAUCCACUUAAAUUUGAUUAUUUGGAUUAAAACGGACUCGGACUUUAACAUAAAGAGUAUUUGGGUUAACACGGACUAAUGCUUCCAGGACACGUAAAGAGUCAACAGGUUGUCUCAAGCAAUGACAAUUCCAUUUAAAGUAAGACUGCAUGCAAUAUCGAAACAUGUGACAAGGACAUUUCCUUCAUUCCAUUAUCUUAUGAUACAGUUCUUAACUUGGCAAUUGGUUAUGUUUUAUACGCUAAUUGUGUCGAUCUUGUCACACCAAAUUUAAACAGCCCUCUGGCUAAUUGGUUUUAUAACCCCUAGUCUGUGGUUAAAAGCAUAGGCUUUACGCAGAGGCAACCCUGGAGGUAGGACCCUGCAUGAUAACAAUGAGAGUUAUGUAAAAAAAUAUUUUAGAACUAGUAUCAAGUCCCAUUCCUAAUUUUGCGGCUGGCCAAAAUGCAUUUGUCGACCCCAGUCCCCUGUCUGAAAACCGUUCUCGAGGCUCGCUCCUCCGGAAAGAACUAUCUGAAGUAUGUCGCCGUGACAAUAUGAACAGCAUAGGAGUAGGUAUGUGGUUUUAUCUGUAUUUGAAUGACUAAAGAUUAUUGUCUACGAGCAACCAGACGCGUGAGAAUAGAAGCAAAACAACUUUGUUGUAAUCGAUUGCCAGGCGGAACUUUCUAGGCAAUUUUCACGAUGAAUCUUGGUUAUUUGAGGCAGAAAUGGAAGAUCCGCAAAGCUGCAAGCACUUCAAAUAUACUCGAUAGUGAUAAAGAACCGGUCAAAGAGAAACACACCCCGUUGACCAAGUAUGGGGAACAGAAGCAAAUCGUAGUUGAUGGGAAAGCAAUGACAGAAAUUGAAGUUACUGGAGAGAAACAACAAGAGACUCUUCCAGAAACAAGAAGACACAGAAGGAUAUCAAAGUCAAGACGAAAAGCCGAGUUUGAAGGAGAUGAGUUGAAAGUACAGUGUAGAGAUCUCAACCCUGUUGAUUAUGAAGGAUGGCUUUACAAAAAAUCCGGUGGCACUAUGUUGAGCACUGUUGUUUGGAAACAGUGUUGGGUCGUUCUGAAGCAUGGCAUUUUGUAUUUAUACAAAACAUCCUUCGACAUAGCUGCACAGCACGCGUACAGUGUCAGGAAUUUCAGCGUUGCGCCUGUUGAGGAGAAAAAAAAAUUCACAUUUAAACUUGUACCAAAGAACGUGCCCCCUGAAGCACUACAAGAUGCUAAAGGGGUUGUGUUUUCGUGCGAGUCAAAUGCAGAUGUAGAGAGGUGGUGUGACGUACUCAACAAAGCCGCCCUUGGGUUUAUCAUACAGCCUUCGCCACGCCCAGAAAAAGAAGAGCCAGUAAGAAGGAGGUGUCAAUCAUCUGCAGUUAGAAGACACAAACCUAACGCUAAUGGUGUAACUGGACAUAGAGCUAGAUCAACUACUUUUACAGGGGAGACAACUGGACUGCCUUCCACAUUCAACCGGCAUGGUGGCGCACCAAGGGUACGUAAAAUCAGUGGAUCAGGAUCGUCUUCUGUAUUGGCAGUUGGGAACAUGUUCUUGGCUAUUGACGACCCUGCAGACAAGAAAAGAAAGUCAAAUAGCGACUUGUCAUCUAUUGUUUACAAGGAGCAGUUGGUCCAGGAUAAUAACACUUCGCCAAACACCAAGCAACAAAUAGCAGCAACAACUGCUGAAGAGGAUGAUGAAGUUCGAAUGCAGGUUAAAAAGGAGGUCGAGAGGAUCAACAAACAUUCAAAACCUACAAAGCCAGUGGAAGGGAAAGGGCAAACGGUUGCUAGUGCUAAGAAAGCAGAUAAGAUUAGGCAAGAAAUUAUGAAUUUGAAAGAAAUCGAAUCUCAGAGAGUUAAUAGCCAAGAAGAGGAGGGUCAGGAUGCUGACAGUGAUGAGAGAGAGGUCAUUGAAUCUGAGAAUGAGACCAAAGAGGAACAAACCGAAGCCACAGAAGAUCAAACUGAGUCUACAGAAAGUCCAACCGAGUCUACAGAAGGUCAAACUGAGGGGACAGAACAUCAAACCGAGCCUACAGAAGACCCAACUGAGGGCACAGAAGGUCAAACAGGGUCUGAAGCUCAGACCGAUGACAAUAAAGAUCAAGACAUACUUGAGACUUCGAAUACAUACAUAUCGAAAAGAAUAGAUACAAAAAAUGAUAAAGUUGAAGCGGACCAAGAUUUCCACGAGGAUGCCUUUGCAGAGAUACAAAAAACCAUUGAAGUCGAUUCGAGUGCUGAGGAUCAAGAAACUGACGCAAAAACUGCAUAUCACUUUCCAGGCGAUAGUGAUAUGAAGGAAGUAGAGGUAGAAGAAGUACCAGGAGACGCAGUACUUGUGUCGCAUAAUAUUUCAGUGGAAAAGGAUCCAGAUAGCGGCAUUGCAGUCGAAGACUACCUAAGACAACUAGAAACUGAACAGCAUGAUUUACCGGUAGAGGAGUAUCUUAAGCACAUGAGUGGAACAGAGGCUGAUAAGAGUUUGGGAGAGUUGCAGUCUGAAGACGCGAAGGAUAUUCUGAAAGUUGAAAGUUGUCAAGGUCAGUCUGAUGAUCACGUGGCUGUUGAAGAAGAUGAAGAUGACAAUAAUGACCAACAAGAAGAUUCCUCGGAAUUUGAAGACGAUGAGACUGAUGAAGAAAACGAGCCAGAAGAUAGGCCGAAAGGGAUGAUCCCAGCAAAACAGCAAAGAAUGUUGAUAGAUGCUGUUUUGUCGCUUGAUUACCCUAGUGACAGUGAGUCUGAACCAGAAGAUGACGAAGAGAUUUGUCACUUUGCUAAGAUAGAGCGCCGAUCGUUAGAGAUAAAUGAGGGUAAGGUUACAAAGCAGACCGAAGAUGAUGAUGUCAUCAUAUCUGCACCGCCUGGGUUUGGCGACGAAGAGGCAACCCACCAAGGCCACCUUAAGGUUAAAGAUCAUGAUGUGCAGUAUGGAGCAACGACGGAAGGAAAAUCUGUGGUCUUUCAUACAUACAUGAAAACAGAUGGAGACCGUACAAACAUUGAUUUGAAAGCGCCGGAGGAGAUGGAAACUGUGGAAGCGACAACGAGUGAUGAUAUCUACCCAGAGGAGAUUGGUUUCAAUGAGGGAAAUUUCGAAGAGAAAGAAUUUCAGGAGGAAUCUCGUUAUGAAGCGACUGAUGGUAAAGAGGCAGGCAAUGAAAUAGAUGCUUUAUUGACAUCUAGGAAUGAUCCUCAACUUGAAUUCGAAGAAAUAAAGAAACAGGAAGCAACCUUGUCGAAGCCAACAUAUGACAAAUUCGAUGACACGCCAGUCUUAGUAAUUGAUUUAGAAUCAAGAAAUAAUGAACUUUCUGGAGACCAAAUUUAUGAUGGAGAUUAUAUGCAUACACAGGGAGAGAGUUCAGUGCUUAUCAGUAUGAUUGGGUCAUCCCGAGCUUCAAACGCAUCGGAGGAGGAUUCGCUUGAUGGAGACAACUGUUUACGCGAGAAACAAAGCGAUCAGGAAGCAUCCAGAACUCGUGUGACAUUUCUAAGCCCGCUUCAUGACGAGCAUCGAGGUACUGUUGCGAAGGAAUCGGAUUGCUGCGAAGAUGACACUUCAACAUCAGAAGACGAAACCGCCAUUGAUGAAAUUGAUUCUGCGGAGGAAGAGGUCCACUCCAAAGCUACAGUCAAAAUCGUAAAAGUUUGUGUGACCCAAAGAGGAAAUGACUCUGGUGACCAACGAAGACCCAUUGGUGCAAAACCUGCUCAUGAAAGUUCUGUUUAAUAAUUGUGGCUUAACAUAGUAUCGCAUUUGAAUUUGUAUUCACGUAGAAGACUUGGCAUUGUGUUUGUUUAUGAAUUACCAAAACAGGAUUCGUUUUAUAAUAAUUCUCACUUAAUAUAUAUGUCCAUUUUCCCGAACAUACAGUCCAACUGGGCUCAUAACAAAGAAAAGCUAAAAGUUUUAGUUCUACGCUAUGAUAGGACCUUGAUCGUUGUUUAUAAGACAAUAAAAAUUCAUUUUAAUCAAACUCCACUCCAAGAAUGCUAUUGUCGCCCAUUUAUAAGCAAUGGGCAACAACCGACGAUCUUGCUUUUUAUAUACACCGUUGUAUUCAUAAUUGUGGAAGAUUCAGCUAUUAAAUACUUCCUAUCCGUUGACCUUUAUUGCCACAGGUUUAUAAGAUUUCAUUUGCUUUUAUGUCCAAUUUUGCAUAUGCUUUUAUGAUCAGAUAAACCUAGCAAAAUAUAUCCAGUCACAAAGCUAGCAAAUUAGCAUCAAUCACAUUAAAAAUAACUUUAGCAUUAGAAGGAAGCUUGCUUCUCCCUAUAGUGUGCUCGCCUUGCUGUGUUUACUGUUCUUAUUAAUCAAAUUUUUAUCGUUCUUCUUUACCGGUUGGAUUUGUAGCAGCUCUAUUGAUUAGGGAGAGAAAUAACAAACUUUAUGUAAAGCCUCUUCUAACUAUGUAUGUAUUCAAUAAAUGAAUAGAAAAAUUUAAUCAUUAUAAUUUAUUUAUUACUAGCUUGUAUAAAGAUCGCGUUUGGAAA